AUGCGGUUUCAUUCGGUCUUGCUUUGGCUUGCCUGCCUCACCAGUACUGUCACGUCUUCUGUUAUUUUAGGAAGAGACGACAAGACAUUAUAUCUUCAAAGGGGUGUAGAGAGGGCAAAGAACAUCAUACCGGACUCAGAGAAAUUCUUGAAUAGCCCUGAUCAGAAAAAGGCCAAGAUCGUUUUGCGCGACAUCAGUAGCGUACGCACAUUCGCCAAAUUUCAGGCAUUGUCCAUUCAAGACGCGCAGCACAUUGAUACUCCUGAAUGCGAUAAACUAUCUUCUCUCUGGAAAAGUUUAUCUGACCAUGUCAUCGAAGCUUCCCCCAUAAUGAGUACUGUCGGAUCGAAUCCGAAUUUGGCCUCCUGGACCGGCGGGAUGACUAAUAGCCUCAAGCGCGAUAUGGAGAUCGAUAUUUUCCACAUGCGUGCCGUCUUUGACACGACGGCCAAUCCGGUUUUCUACCCACUGUUGCGUCAAUUGCAAACUAAGUGCUCCGAGUUUGCUGAAGGUAUCAACAUAGAGGCUAAAAAUGCUGUGCUGGCUUUGGAUGAAGUGCAGAAAUCCUUACCGGCAAAAUGA